AUGUGGUCAACAUCAGUAUCGUUGUUGUCUUUUUUUAUUUUGAACUUAAUUGAUCAUGAUUCAUAUUUAGAGGAUUUAGAGGUUGACGGAGAGAAAAGUGCUGACCAAGGAGAAGGUGCAGAGGAUGAGGGUGGAGCGGAAGAUGGCGAAGAUGAAGAAGUGAUGCACUCAUGGUGGGCCAUCAGAAAACAUCGAAUAUUCAAGUUGAACAAGAGAUGUAAGAAGGCAGUGAGGAGGGCGGUGAAAUCUCAAUGGUUCUACUGGCUGAUCAUUAUACUGGUCUUCCUAAACACGUGCAUCCUGGCUACAGAGCACUACAGACAACCGCCUUGGCUGGACCAACUGCAGGAUAUAAGCAACAUGUUCUUCAUUGGUCUUUUCACGAUUGAGAUGUUUGUUAAGAUGUACAGUGUCGGCUUUCAAAUCUAUUUCCGGUCACUUUUCAAUCGGUUCGAUAGUUUCGUGGUGGUCUGCAGCAUCAUAGAGGCAGUGCUGACCCACAUGAACCUCAUGGCACCGCUCGGCAUCAGUGUGCUCAGGUGCGCCAGGCUGCUCAGGGUUUUCAAAGUUACCAGGUAUUGGAAGUCGUUGCGAGUGUUGGUGGCCUCUCUGCUGAACAGUAUGAGAUCGAUCGCCAGCUUAUUGCUUCUCCUCUUCUUAUUCAUCGUCAUAUUUGCACUGCUUGGUAUGCAGUUGUUUGGAGGAAAGUUCAGCGAAGGAGAAGCGGAGAAACCACGAAGCAACUUCGAUUCCUUUUAUGAAGCACUGCUGACUGUAUUCCAGAUAUUAACGGGCGAAGAUUGGAACGAAGUGAUGUACAUCGGCAUCGGAGCUUCAGGGGGCAUGACGAAGUACGGAGCAUUCGCGUGCAUCUAUUUUGUCAUCCUCUUCAUCUGCGGCAACUGUAUCCUUUUGCGUCGUCAGUCAGUUGAGACGGCCGACAUUCUACUAAAUGUCUUCUUGGCUAUCGCCGUGGACAACUUGGCCGAUGGUGACGACGAAGAGGAAGAAGGUGGUGGUGGAGGUGGUGAAGAAAAUGGCGGAGAGGCAGGUAACGGUGGCGGUGGCGGUGAGGAGGGUGCCGAUGGGGCUGAAGUGGUCAUCGUUGAGAAGACGGAACAAAACUCCCUUGCAAAGAAUGACACAGAAAUGAAACUAAACGAGUAUGAUAGAAAUAUUGUUUGA